ACAGCUACAGUCAGUAAUGGAGAGCCUGCUGGAUAAUCCAAUGAAAGCCGUUCUUUACCUGAAGGAGCUCACCACUAUCGUCCAGAACCAACAAAGCCUGAUCCAGACGCAGCGCCAACGCAUCGACGAACUCGAGCGAAAGGUGGAAGACCUGAUAGGAGAGAACCGGCAGUUGCGGGACCCCCAUCACUACGUCCAGCAGCCCGCUCAGCAUCACCACCACCACCAUCACCCGACUCACCGCAGCGCCAGUCCCCAGGCGCCGGCUCACCUCCAUCAGCACCCGGGGAGCAACAAAGCUGCCGUUCACCUGGGCCAGCAGGCACAGCAGCAGCAGCAGCCGCCGCCGCCGCAGCAGCAGCAGCAUCAGCAGCAGAUUCCCGCUCUAUCAGCCCAGCCUCAGCAUCAUCCGACCCCUCCUGCGCCGUCCUCCCACCACCCGCAGCAGCUGCAGCUCGUCCCCACCUCGCCGCAGUCACCCAAAGCGAGCCAAGCCAGCCCGGACCCCGCCGAGGAGAACAAGAGGAGCCCCUGCUGCAAGACCCUGGUUCCGCAGACUCCCACCGCUCUCUGCCGCUCAGUUGGAUUGGCCAGGAAAGCGGACAACCAAACAGUGCUUCACCAGUUCUGCUGCCCUGCCCCAGAGGCCCCUGAGGGGGAGACUUCUACUGCCUGUGUCCCCAGCGAUGACCUUUCUCCAGACUCAUCUUUGGGGGAGGAAGGGAAGGGAGGAGAGGGGGAGCUGCAGAGUGAGGUCGAGUCACAACCACAGCCACAGCCCCAGCAACAGCAGCAAGAGAUUCAGCCACAGACUGACCCACCACCACAGCCAGAGCCCCAGUCUGAGCCCCAACCACAGCCCGAAACCAAAUCUCAGCCAGAGCCUGAACCAAUACCCCAGCCUGCACCGGAGCCCGAGCCUGAGCCUGAAGUUGAGCCCGAGCCUGAGCCUGAGCCUGAGCCUGAGCCUGAGCCGAAGCCGAAGCCCGAGCCCGAGCCUGAGCUGGAGCCCGAGCUGGAGCCCGAGCCCGAGCUGGAGCCCGAGCUGGAGCCGGUGCCGGAGCCGGAGCUAGAGCCCCAAGUCCAGUCUCUGAGUGAGGAAGCAACACAGGACGCCCCUAAAACGCCUUCACCUUGCCUAGAUGAGCAGACAUGGGGGGAGCAAGAGAAGGAAAAGUCUAAAGAAGUUGUGGGGGCAAAGAAUGAGGGCGAGGCAGCGCAGGAAGAAGAGGACGAGGAGGAAGGGGGAGGCGCAAAAGGAGGUGGGGCGGGGAGGAGAGCCAGCCUGCACCACACGGCCUCGCCCUUGAGGGUGCAGCGCAACGGGACCGGCUCGCACUCCGCCACCUCCGACUAUGAGCUCUCGCUUGACCUCAAAAAUAAGCAGAUCGAAAUGUUAGAGCACAAAUACGGUGGCCACCUCAUCUCCCGCCGUGCUGCCUGCAAGAUCCAGACUGCCUUCCGCCAGUACCAGCUCAGCAAGAACUUCGAGAAGAUCCGCAAUUCGCUGCUUGAGAGUCGUCUUCCUCGACGCAUUUCCCUGCGCAAGGUCCGUGUGCAAAACACAGAAGGUUUCUCUGCUGAACGGGCCCUGGCAGAAGGCUGCAAUUUGGCAGGCAUCCCAUUGGUGCGAUCCCCAUCUCUGCCUACCACAGUUGGUGGCACCCUGACCGACCUGGAAGACUCAUUCACUGAACAGGUCCAGUCACUGGCAAAGUCCAUAGACGACGCACUCAGCAACUGGAGCUUGAAGACUAUGUGUUCACUGCAAGAAGGCGGCACUUAUCAGUUCAGUGCUGACUCCUUUAAUGCAGCAGCAGCAGCAGCCGCAGGAGUAGCAGGUGGAGGAGAAGUAGGUGGUGUGGGAGAGUCAACAAUUCCCCAAGGCCUGGUAGACCCAAGUGACCUGUCGAUAAGCGCAAGCAAGCUGAUGAUGGCAUUCCGGGAUGUGACGGUGCAGAUCGACAGCCAGAACUUUCGUGUUUCAUCCUCAGUCUUGGAAUCUUCCGCUUCCGUCACCCUCAGCAGCUGUGUCCAACAAGAGGACACUGUCACGACUACUUCCACAACAACAAACUCCACUCCAGCCUUCAUUCCUCCUGGUCCCUCACAAGAACCCUCUCCUCCUCCUGCAGAGCUCCCAGCUGAACCCAUAGAUCCCCCUCCACCCCCACAAGAACCCCCUCCACCCCCAGAAUCAGAUAUAGAAGGAGAUGAGCAGGACGUUGAAUUCCCUGCUCCUCCUCCGAGUGAAGAAGAGCUAGGGGAUGAUGAGCAACCUCCCAUAACCCCUCUGGAUAAGAUGGCUGCCCCUCAAAGCCCAGAGGAGAUUGUGGUGGUGGCACCACCACCCACAGAACCCCCGUACGCCCCUCCACCACACAGGGCUUUACUGCUGGGGAGCUCCCCCUUGGUAGAGCCCCUGGAGGUGAAGAGGUGUGGCUCUGAGACAGCAGACAACAGCUCAGAGCAGAUGAGCAGCAGCAGCACGUCGACAGAGGCACGCUCCACAUCUGAAGCCUCGUCCAAGGAAACACUGCAGGCCAUGAUCCUCAGCCUGCCGCGCUACCACUGUGAGAACCCCGCAAGCUGUAAAUCACCCACCCUGUCCACUGACGUCAUGCGAAAACGCCUCUACCGCAUUGGCCUCAACCUCUUCAAUGUAAACCCUGACAAGGGCCUUCAGUUCCUGAUCUCUCGAGGCUUCAUCCCAGACACACCCAUUGGCGUGGCCCACUUCCUGCUACAGAGAAAGGGCCUGAGCAGACAGAUGAUAGGAGAGUUCCUUGGCAACAGCAAGAAGCCCUUCAACAGAGAUGUCCUUGAUUGCGUGGUGGAUGAGAUGGACUUCUCAGGCAUGGAGCUGGAUGAAGCACUGAGGAAGUUUCAGGCCCACAUUCGUGUCCAGGGAGAAGCCCAAAAGGUGGAACGUCUUAUCGAGGCCUUCAGUCAGCGCUACUGCAUGUGUAACCCCGAUGUAGUGCAGCAGUUUCACAACCCAGACACAAUCUUCAUCCUGGCCUUUGCAAUCAUUCUGCUCAACACUGACAUGUACAGUCCCAACAUCAAGCCUGACCGCAAGAUGUUACUGGAGGACUUCAUACGCAAUCUAAGAGGUGUGGAUGAUGGAGCAGACAUCCCCAGAGACAUGGUGGUGGGAAUCUAUGAAAGAAUACAGCAGAGGGAGUUACGCUCCAACGAAGACCACGUCACCUACGUCUCCAAAGUUGAACAGUCCAUUGUCGGCAUGAAAACGGUUCUCUCUGUACCUCACAGAAGACUGGUGUGCUGUAGUCGACUUUUUGAGGUGACUGAUGUCAACAAAGCCCAAAAACAGGCAGCUCACCAGAGAGAAGUCUUCCUCUUCAAUGAUCUCAUUGUGAUCUUGAAGCUUUGUCCAAAGAAGAAGAGUUCUGCAGCCUACACUUUCUGCAAAGCUAUGGGCCUACUUGGCAUGCAGUUUCACCUGUUUGAAAAUGAAUACUACCCUCACGGCAUCACCAUCCUCUCACCUUUUGGCUCAGACAAGAAGCAGGUACUUAACUUCUGUGCCCAAAGUGCUGAGGAGCUUCUCAAGUUUCUAGAAGACCUAAAGGAAUCAAUCGCCGAGGUGUCGGAGAUGGAGCAGAUACGCAUCGAGUGGGAGCUGGAAAAGCAGCAGGGAGCCAAGACUCACUCAGUAAAAAACAACGGCACACAGCUAGAGCUGCGUGGCAAACCAGGCUCCCCAUCAGGAAACCUGGAGGUAGAUGACAGAAGUGGACACAAUGCAGUAGAGGUGUCAAUUCACAACAGGCUUCAGACGUACCAGCUCAGCAGCAGCACGGCUCGGAGUCCCGAGAGCGUGGCCCUUCUUAACCACGGGGGGGAGCUGCUUUUCCAGCAGGGGCUCCAGGGGCUGCCCCAAGGGCUAACCCAGGGGCCGGCGCCUCCACCUCAGCACCCACAGCUGCAGUCAGCGGCAAGCACCCCUGCCCACCACCUCCACCUCCAGCAGCACCACCAGCCCACCGUCAGCAUGGCUGAUCUGCGGCCCGAGACACUCAUCCAGUGUCAGCAGAUCGUAAAGGUCAUCAUGCUCGACAACAGCGGCCACGGACGCGUGGAGGCCUUCCUCAGCCAAACGCCCACACACCACCACUACCAGCACCACCACCACAGCCACCACCAGCUCAGUCAAUCAGCCAUGUCCACUCCGGUCCGCUCGUCGGACAGCUCCCACAGCAAUGACGGCCACCAGCCCCCGCUGCCUCCUCCACCUCCGCCUUACAACCACCCGCACCAGUAUAUACCCCCUGACCCCCGCCUCAGUCUACAUCGGACCCCGAGUGGCUCUCGGAGCAUGGUGUAAAUAGAUGAAUUAGUAUUCUUUUCCUGAACACACACACACACACACACUUCCACACAAACCCCACCCCUUCCCUACCUAUUUAAAAGUACAUAAUGUACAUAUAUAUACAUACAGAUGAAAGAGCUAUAAUGAAAAAAAUGAAAUCUCACUUAUAUGCAUAUAUAAGGAAAAAAAAACUAAAGGAAAAAAUUAAGGUUUUAGAAGAUAUACAGAGAAAUAAAGUGCAUAUAUAAAGUUUUACUUGAUUCCACAUGUAUUUUGAAAUAUUAUGUAGUUUUAACAAAUUUCGAUAACUUUUUGUCAGUUUUAAAUCUUGCUAGAGAAAACACAAAUAUUCAGUUUCUGGAUGGAUUCCUUGUAGUUCCAGAAGUCACCAACAACAACAACAACAGAAACACAUGAAUCCCUCAAACCUUUUUUGGAUUGUGACGGAUGGAUUCACUCCAAGGACCUUCAGCUUCUGUUCGCUUUUAUCAUCCCAAACCUCAUGCCUACUGUGCUGUGUGUGCGCGUGCGUGCAUAGUUGACACUUACAGAAAACAUGUGCCAAAAUACAUAACGCCUCCACUACACACUGACUUCUUUGCACUUGACUAAACACUAGGGACAGAAGAAAAGAAAAAAAAAACUUCUUUGCUUUGAAAAAAAAUAGUCCUUUCACGCUUUUCCCUCAAGGAGCACACACACACACACACACACACACACACACACACACACACACACACACACACACACACACAAAAGGAAUAACAAAAAUUAUAUUUCAUAAAAACUUAUCUCCCCGUUUGCACUGUUGCUGAUUUAUUUAUGUGAUGGAGAGCCUUCUCUCUUGUUCUCUGUUCCACCGGAUAAAAACAAAAAACAAAAAAAACGACCAUCCACCAAUAAGCUGUGUUUAUCAUCUGCUCCUCUGUUCUGUUGUGGCUCUCUAUCAUCCAAAAACACUCUUACCCUGUUGUCACUAUCCAUAGAUCACUCUACAGUGAAGGAUGACAUGGAAACAAAGGCAACCAAUCACAUGGAUUGCUGCCAAACCAAAAAGUCAGCCCAAGAUGGUUCAGUUGAUUGUUGUUUGUCUUUUACUCUUCAUGUUUAUUAUUGUUAACGCUUCACAGGUGUUCAUACCACAUUUAUCUGCUGAUAGGGAGGGAAAGUUUGUCUCAUUUUGAAAUUGUUUGAGCUGCCAAAACUGCUGGACUUUAAAAACAACUCACAUUCACAUGUAAUAUAUAUGUACAACGCACUGUGCUGUCAUCCGUUGUGUAUGAAAUCGCCAUGAAUUUCCAUGAAGACGCCUCUGCUACAACUGUUAAAUGUCAAGAUCUAUGUGUGUUUUGAUUUGCAUACAGCAUAUUCCACCUUUUGUGUGUUUUUUCCCCGUGGGUGGAUAAAUGCAGGACCGAGUCAACCCACAAAACAUCCAGACAGUGUCUCUUUAUGUCUGUACAACUUGUUGUACAGACAUAACUGGUUUCAGCUCCUUGUGACUGAUUUUCUCUUCCCUCCUAACCUUUCAGUCUGACAUUUUGAAAAAGGCAAAACUACAGAGGCACACACAGCUUAUAUUGCAAAUGCUGGCAUUAAUGGUAUUUUAUGUGCUGUUGGCUACCCUGCUUUAAAUAAGAAUGGGACAAAAAAAGAAUGCAUUAUCUGAUCUCUUUCUCUUUCACCCCAGCCUAGAUUGUAAAUACCACAUUCAAGCAGUGUCGGAAAAGACAAGCAAGCUACCUUUAGCCCCUUCAAAAUGCUGUCACCCUGUCACGCGUCCUUCUUUCAGAAAUAGGCCAGCGACUGCUCCAGCCUGAAUGCUUCCAUCUUUUAAACAUAAGCACCCCCCCCACACACACACACACCUCCCCACCACCAGGUACUGUGGAAUAGAUGUUAACUCUGCUCCACUCUGACCCCCAUCUGUCUGAUUUGUUGAUUUAUAAUCACAGAGACACUGCGGGGAGGUCUCUAUCUCAUCUUCCUGUCCUUUUCCACUCACAUUUUCACCCAGUGGAAGGACAGAGGUUGCAGAAAAACAGUUUGUUGUUCUGGCUGCCAGAGAUGACAAGUGUGCGUGUGCAUGUGUGUGCGCGCAACCUCCUCAAGGUAGCAUCCUAACCUUCCCGUAAACAAAUUUGAGCUCUCCUCUGUUCAUCCCAGGAAUUGCUUUUAUUAUAAUUUCAAAACACAAUAAGAAGAAUUAAUGCUUUUAAAAUUAGCUUUAAAAAAGAGCUAUUGUGAUCAUUAAAAAAACAACUUACAGCUUAAAAACAAACUUUUGAAGGUGAUACAUUUUAGCACACAACUUCAAAAGUUCUGGUAUUUAGUAUUUAAAAUUGAUGGAUGAUUAUUGUAUGAUUGUUCAUUUAUUUGUUUAAAUCAACAUUUAGAUAUAAAAGGAUUCUUUUCUCAUGCAUGACAUCAGUUUGGAGGCCUGUUGAACUCAAAGUCUUGGAAUUGUUUGUGCAUGACUGAAGUUGCUGUGAGCGCACUAGUGGGAGAUGAGGAUGACCAAAUACUUUGUUAUGCUGUAAACAUUUGUGGUGGAACUGGGGGAAAAAUAUUAUUUAAGACAGCAAACACCCCUUCAAACAGAAAAUGGAUUUACAGUGCCAUAUGUGAGGGCUCUAUUUUGCCAAACCAUGGCCAUUUUUGUUUCCCCGUCUUUCACUACCCUUUGUUUAUGGUUGCACAGUUUUUCCUACUUGACAAUGUGUUUAAGCAUUUGGGGAGAUAGGCGUACUGUGUGUGCAAUAAACAUGAAUAAGGGGCACACUGAAAAUCAUGACUUCAUGUUUGAAAGGAAACCAAUGUAGCAUUUUGGGACUGCAGCAUAUGAUACGAAAGCGCAUUAGAGGCUAACUUUCUUAAAGAAACUUUUUUAAAAAGGGCUCUGUCAUAUCAGUGCACUGCUUCAUGAAUGAUGCGUGGAUCUUGUCUGGCUCUUCAACACUGUGUUUGCUCAUACUAGUUUUAAAAAAAGUCACUAAAAGUGGACAUACUAUUUAGGGUAAAACAGGUGGGUGUAACAGAUACGGACCAUCACCUCCCUGGCUUUGAAUCCCUCUCUACCUGUCUUUGCAGUAUAUCAACCUGCUAUUAAAGAUGAUUUAAGUCUAUUCA